AUGGCCUUCGGCAGCAAGCGAUUCGUCCCGGCGUCCGACGCCAACAGCAUCGCUGCUAAGUACCGAUCCCAGCUGGCCCGCCGGCCGUUCCUCGUCUUUGGGCUCCCCUUUAUAGCGAUCAUGGUCGCCGGCUCCUUCGUCCUGACUCCCGCCACGGCCAUUCGUUACGAGAAGCACGAUCGCAAGGUCCGCCAACUGACCAAGGAGGAGGAACUCGGCCUUCGCAAGAGCGCUCGCCGGGUCGACAUGCGCGAAGAGUACUAUGCAAAGGAUAUUGACAACUGGGAGCAGAAGCGCGUCAAGCGCCUCCCUGGCGAGCACGAUGGCAUCAUUGGCGAGUAG